AUGCCGUCCCCGCCAGUCCCGACAUGUCUUCUAGAUUGUGAUGCUCUAGUUCCAACAGAAGCUAAACAGCCAACUGCUUCUUCCAUGAAUUGUUGGGGUUUUAACCUUCAAGACCCUGAGUCCAUCAGAGUAGGGAGUGAACUGGAUCGCUACAAUGGUGGCGAACAGCAUUUGAGAGAAGACUCUGAUCUUUUUAAAUUUCUAUCGAUCCCCACUUGCGCGCAAAGCUUAGACUCAGAAUUUCCUCAACGUGACACCUCCACAGGUCUAUCCUCAAAAACCUAUCAUUUCAGCAGUCUUCCCUCAGUUGAAGAUCCCGCGUCACAGGAGAGGAGGAAGGAAUCCAGCGAGGAACGCACGAUUCAGCUUGGUCCACAUUUGCCGCAUGACACCGCAGUGUAUGAUACAUUGAAUAGCCAACUCGCUGGUGGUGACCGAAAAUUUGCGAAAAACUUGCAUAGCGGCCGAGAUACCUUCCCGAUUGUCACAAGUGCCUGGGACGGUAAAACUGUUAGCCCCAAGGAUGCUUUCUUGGAUUAUGAUCACGUUUACAAGAAACUCGAGGACGAAGCUACACGCCGUGCCAGUCAUAGCUGGAUAAACAAUUGCGAUAUAACACUGAAUAAAAUGCAGCCCAUUGCCAACCUCCCAGAAAAUCAAUACCAUCUGCCAGACGAACCUUCUCUCACUGCGGAUUCAUCUCCUCCACAUUUGGAUCAACGCUUCACUAUUGACACCAAUGGUUCAUAUUCCUGCAAUUCAAGUACAGGAAAGCGGGUUUUGAAAUCCCCUGAUGAAUUAACCGUUUCUCAAUUUAGUCUGCCGCCGCAAUGUGUGCCAAAAAAUGCCAUACGUUGGACGCAAUACAAUACGACCUCUGGAUUUCCCUCAAAUCUUGAGACGCAAUUUUUUUCGGCAUGUGAAAAGCCGGCGUCGGCGAAUUCUGUUGAAAAUAUUGAAACCAACGUCUGUGCGAAGGACGAAAUGCCCUUUUCAAUUCGUCGGCAAUCAAAAUGUUUGAACACCUCAGCCGAUUUGCCUACCUCCGGCCCAUCAGAGUUGUUGGCUUGUAACUCUACAGGCAUUACUCCUAAUUGCGAAGAAUUCUCUGCCUCUUCGGAAGACGAAACAAGCACACUAGAAACAGAGACGACCGGGUUGGAGUUGGUUGAAAAGAGUGAGCAACACAUUGGCAUGCGCCAUUCAGAGCAGAAGACUCGUAUUGAUCACCUAGAAAAAUCGAUCAACAAGUGCUCAUCGAUUGCGCAAAACGGAAUGAAAUCUUCGCACAAACGUUCAAGUCGUCCUAAAGAUACAGAAUGGUACCAGUUGGACGCUACUUUUGAUGAGUUGCCUAGCGAGAAUUCCCAUUCGAUAUCCAGGUGUCAGAUACAAUUCACUGGCAAUGAUUCGGUCAAACUAAGUGAUACAACCUGGCUUGAACCCACAUCGUCUCCUGAAAGCGCUUGUCCCUGCAAUGCUGUGGAAGGACACGAAAUUCCGUUGAAUUUAGUGGACAGUGAGGCCAGACUCAAUGUUUCAACUGACAAUAUCGAAUCCACUGUUGGAGAUCAGGGCUCUGAAGAGAAAGAGAGCGGUAAUAGAAGUCCAGCUUCGUCGCUAGCACAUGCCAAUAAAAUUCGCGAAACCAAGACGUGCUCAAAAACAAGUCAGGCGAAGAACGGGGAUCAAGUCAGAAAAGGCCGGAGAGCUUGGAGCAGUAGCUAUCAUACUUUAUCGCCCUAUCCACGGGUAACUCGGAGCUCCUUCGGGCUUGGCAGCAGCAAAAGCACCGGCUUACGUCAGAGUCCGACCACGCCGAUCAAUGCUCCUGGGCGUGCUACUCGCAAAAUAUCAACCCGCGCAGCUCAAAACGACUGCCUGACCAAACCUUGUCGCUCACCCAUUCAAACGCUCCAGAACGUCAUAGAUGACUCAUCUAGUAAUAUGCACCCAACAGGUCCGAUCAUGUGCGGCCACGUGGACGAAAAAACGGGGGGGAAGUGUGAAACAAUGUUCAAGAGACCAUAUGAUCUCGCCAGGCACAAGGAAACAAUACAUGAUACAAAGGGUCCUGGAGGGGAUCGCAAGCCUCAAUGGAGGUGCGUACAUCUAAGCUUAUCAACUGUAAUCUUCUAG